AUAGUAUUCGAAGUCAGAUACUAUUAAUUGAUCAUUUUCCUUCUAUGAAUAAAGUCAUAUCCUUGGUCUUACAAGAAGAAAAACAGAGAGAGAUUACUUUGGAGACUUCCGUCCCUAGCCUUGAAUCGGUUGCUACUUUGACAGCAAAGCUUACGAAAAUUGGUACCAAUGCUGCCAAGCAAACCAAUUUUCGAAAGGACAAACCUGUGUGUAGUCAUUGUGGAUACAUAGGUCACACUUCUGAAAAGUGUUAUAGGAUUCAUGGUUUUCCUCCUGGUUUUAAAUCCAAAAAAGGAAUUAAUGCUUUAGCCAAUCAAUCUUCUUCACCUAUGGGUAAAUCAAAUGAUGAUGCUCCGAAGUUUUCUUUGUCUCGAGAUCAAUACCAGCAGCUACUUGCAAUGCUCAAACCACAAUCUAUUUCAUCAUCAGUGAAUCAAGCCAACUCUGGCAUUUUACCAACUCCACAACCACCUUCCACUGAUCAUUUUGCAGGACCUGCCUACAUGGAAAACGAUUGGGAUGGCUGAGGAGAAGGCUGUCCUUUAUUACUUGAAGCAAAGUUCUUUGGUUGGUUCUUCCAUUUCUUCUCCUUCAAUAAAUCAAAAUGUUAGUCUAUGGCAUUAUAGGUUAGGCCAUAUUUCUUUUUCCAAAUUGAAAUUUCUUAGUAGUAGUGUUUCAAAUUUACAUAUAUCAAAAUCCAAUAAUUCUUGUACUUGUACAAUCUGUCCUUUAGAUAAACAAAAAGGUCUACCUUUUCCUUCUAGUGAAUCAAAUUCAGUUUAUCCA